AUGCCUACCUUAGUCCUGACCAACUUCAACAUUGUCUGUUCGGUCCUGGGGGGGUUCAUCACCGUUUUCGGCCUGGUCAGUUAUCUGCUGAAGGAGAGGUUCUACCUGUCCGAGGCCCUGAUAUCUCUGGUGGCGGGCGUCAUCUUUUCCCCCCACGCCACCAACUGGAUCAGACCUUUGGACUACGCCGGCGGGCUGGCCGAGAACCUCGACACCAUCACCCUGUACUUCACCCGGCUGGUGUUGGGGGUCCAACUGGUCCUGGCGGGCGUUCAACUGCCCAGCCGGUACCUCUACACGGAAUGGAGGUCCCUGGCCUUGUUGUUGGGUCCGGGGAUGACCUUGAUGUGGCUCAGCGCGAGUUUGUUGAUCUGGGCCAUGGUGCCUCACCUGUCCUUCCUCCACGCCCUGGCCGUCGGUGCCUGCGUCACCCCCACGGACCCCGUCUUGUCCAACUCGAUCGUCAAGGGCAAGUUCGCCGACAAGAACAUACCGAAACCACUCCAGAAGAUCAUCAUCGCAGAGUCCGGGGCCAACGACGGUUUGGGCUACCCGUUCCUGUUCUUGGCCCUGUACCUGAUCAAGUACACCCAGAUGGGAGGCGCUGGACAAUCCGGAGGUGCCGGCAAGGCCAUAGGAUACUGGUUCGGAGAGACUUGGGGUUACACCAUCCUCUUGAGUGUCCUCUAUGGCGUCGCCGUGGGCUGGCUGGCAAAGGAGUUGUUGCAUUACGCCGAGGAAAAGAAAUUUGUCGACCGGGAGAGUUUUCUCGUCUUUGCCAUCACCCUGGCCUUGUUCAUCACGGGGACCUGUGGUAUGAUCGGAUCGGAUGAUGUCUUGGCUUGCUUUGUCGCCGGCAACGUAUUUACGUGGGACGAUUGGUUCCGUCUAGAAACUGCCGAUGAUUCGCUUCAACCUACCAUCGAUAUGCUACUCAACAUAAGUGUCUUUAUCUGGUUCGGCGCCGUUUGUCCCUGGGCUGAAUUUCGAACGACCGAUGUCAUUCCACUCUACCGGUUGGUCCUUUUGGGGAUCUUGAUCCUUUUGUUUCGGAGGGUACCCAUGGUCUUUGCCAUGCACAAAAAGAUCCACGAGAUCGAGGAGGUCCAGCAAGCUGCUUUUGUCGGCUUCUUCGGGCCCAUUGGCGUGUCGGCGAUCUUUUACCUUUAUAUCAGCCUGGAAUUUCUGGAUGGGGUCACCGUCGACGGCGAGGUUCGUGAAGAUGCGGCACGCCUGCAAGAGGUGAUGCGGGUGGUGAUUUGGUUCCUCGCCAUUUGCAGUAUCGUCGUUCACGGUCUCAGUGUGCCGCUCGGGAAGUUGGGGUACCACUUUCCCAGGACCAUCUCUCAAGCUCUGAGUAGCGAGAGGGAAGAUGACGCUUCGGAUCUUCGGUUGCGUCGGGCUCAGCAGUUCAGCCAGUCUUUGAACAUUCGACGGCGAAAGAAGAACACGGGCGACAGUGCGUCGGAGCAGCCACCGCCGAGCCCGGCCGUAUUCAGUCUCUCGAGGCCUCAAAAGGUAUCGCCUCAGCCAGGGAAUGGAGAGGUCAAUCUAGGGAAUCCUACAGAACCAAGCCGUCCCAUUCAUUUCCCUGACGACCCUUCGACGAGGCACCCUUCGCCGGCAAGAUCGGCACGGCGAAUCCAAUUUUAGAGAAACACUUCUCCCGAAGGGAUGAGUACGCCGAGCAGUCUGAGACGAGAGGUGGGUGAGAGAGG